AUGGGAACCAUCCGGCCUGGGACCUGCGGGGCCCUGGCGCUGUGCCUGGUCCUCAGCGCGGCCGCCAACCCUGGCUUCGUGGUGAGGAUCACCCAGGCUGGCCUGGACUACGCCCAUCAGCAGGGGAUCACAAUUCUGGAGAAGGAGCUGAUCCAGCUAAAGCUGCCAGACAUCUCGGGUGAUUUGCGCCUUCGGCGACUGGGGAAGGUGAACUAUGAGCUCUCCAGAUUGGACCUUCACAGUUUCCACUUGCCGUACUCGCGGAUUUCCCUGGUCCCCAACGUGGGCUUGCAGGUCUCCAUCUCCAACGCCUUCGCCAGCGUCAAUGGGAACUGGCGGGUGAAGUUUCACUUCAUCCGUGACCAUGGAUCAUUUGACCUGAGGGUGGAGAACAUCUAUAUCAAAAUCAACGUGAGUUUGGGCAGGGAUGCCUCUGGGAAGCCCACAAUUUACACCUCUGACUGCAGCACCCGCGUCUCCAAAGUCUGGGCACACUUUUCCGGCAAGCUUGGAUGGCUUUACAACCUCUUCUAUAGUGCUGUUGGGUCCAGAUUCCAAAAGAUCUUGGAGGGCAAGGUGUGUGAUGCUGUGGAAAGGUCAGUGCGCCGCGAGCUCCAGCCUUACCUCUGGACCCUGCCAGUCACAUCCAAGAUAGAUGACAAGGUUGGGAUUGAUUAUGCCCUGGUGGCACCCCCAACUGCUACUGCCCAGUCCCUGGACGUGGAGUUGAAGGGUGAAUUCUUCUCCCUGGCCCACCGCUCUGCUGUCCCCUUCUCUCCGCUGCCCCUGGCCCUGCCCCCAGACCAUGACCGCAUGGUUUACUUUGGGGCCUCCAGCUACUUCUUCAACACUGCUGGCUUCGUCUACUACGCAGAUGGGCUGCUGGUCUUCGAGAUCACGGACUCAGUGAUCCCAAAGGAUGUUGAGUUCCACUUGACCACCUCCACCUUCUCAGCCUUCAUUCCCCAGCUAGAGGAGAUGUACCCCAACGCCUCCAUGAAGCUCCGGCUGUCCGCGCCCUCCGCCCCGUUCCUCAGCAUCGGGCCGGGGGGCCUCUCGCUCACGCCUGUCGUGGAUAUCCAGGCUUAUGCCAUCCUUCCCGACACCCGCCUGGCUCCUCUCUUCCUCCUCAGCCUGACAGGCAACGUGUCUGCUGUCAUCAACAUGACAUCCAGCCACAUCACUGGGAACCUGACGGUGGGCAGGAUGAAGCUCUCUCUGAAGCAUUCAGAUGUUGGCACUUUCCAGGUCCGAAUGCUGCAGUCCAUAAUGAACAUCUAUGCUUCCAACAUCCUGCUCCCUCGUCUGAAUGGUGAGAACCUGCUGGGGGAUGGGGGUGCUGGAGCAGCUGCUGCCCAGGUUGCUGCCUUUGAGCAGGCCCAGCUUGCCAGUUCAGCCCCUGCUGCCAAGCCCGCCGGGUGA